GCGCCGAUGGGUGGAGCCCCGCCACGGUGGUGGACCGCCGGAAGGGCAAGGAUACGGUGCCCCCGCUGCCGCGCAAGGUCAUUCCUUGUCCUCCGAGCUCCUCCACCCGCUCCCUCGACUACGCCGGACGCGGCGCCGAUGGGUCGAGCUGCGCCGCGGCGUGGGUCGACAGGAAGGGCAAGCUGGUGGGCAGCAUCCCCGACUUCCCCAUCGCCUUCGGAGCCGGGGGGUCAAGCUCCUCAGCGGGGAGGAGGAUGAUGAGGUCGUUCGACUACGAACUGGAGUUCAAGCAGAUCCUACGGCUGCAGCAGUCGGUUAUCAUCGAGGAGGGCGAGGAGGAGGAGCAGCAGGUGGAAUCGUCGCACGCCAAAGACGCGCUCCCGAGAAAGGAAAAGGGGAAACUACGACAAGUCAAGGUGAGACCCACGCCUGAAAAGCGGAAAUCGCCCUGGAGUUGGCUCAAGAACAAGAUUUUUCGUAGAGAAGGAAAAGGAAGGCAAAUAUGUUUGGACCAUGUGCAGCACAAGACACAACCCAUCUCCGAAGUAAGGAAUCGUUAUAUGGUUUCUUCUAAUGGGAUGAACAGUCUUGAUGGCUAUUCAGAGUUUAGACCGGUGAUUGGAGAUGGGGAGUGUUUCUACAGGAGCUUCAUAUUUUCCUACCUAGAGCAAGUUAUUGAUAGGCCGGACACAGAUGAGGAACACCGUCUCCUUGGUGUUGUUGAAACAGCGUCUGCACGACAUGCAGAUCUUGGAUGGGACUCUGAGUUUCCCAGGAGCAGCAGAGCAUUUAAGAAGCUGCUUGAGGAAGUAAAGAGAUGGAAGAACACGGAAUCAACUAGCAGAUGCCGUAAAGAGGAACUUCUCAAGUUCUUCAGCACGUACGAUGAGACGCAAGACAUUUUUGCUUUCCUCAGACUACUAGUAGCUAUUGAGAUGUGCUCGCACAGGCUGGUGUAUGAACCGCUUAUACCAGAUGUCGCCAGUGGAAUUUACAGUCUGAAAGUUUGGUGCUUUCUGCAUGUCACUCCAGCUCGUGUGGACUCGGAAUAUCUUAUGAUGAGGGCCUUGGCCAGCGCACUUGAUGUAUCCCUCAUAGUGGAAACAUUCCAAGGAGAUUAUGCUCGAGAUAUCUACACUGGUCCUGGAGUUCCCCGUCCGGCUGUGACGCUGCUGUACAAUGGUUAUCACUACGACAUCAUCUACCCACGUGCUCCUUCUUCUGAGAGUUCAAGUCAUCAGGCUUCCUAGAUAGAAGAACCUGGUGAUCAUAGUUCAAGUCAUCAGGCUUCCCAGAGAAGAACAUCCUGCUGGUCAGAGUUCAAGUCAACAGAUUCCUCCGGGUUAAAGUUGAGUUGGGCUGCUGCCGUUGAAGGAGAGGGUUGCUGAGUUUAGUGGUAGAGUAGAUGCACCGAUGAAGUUGGUGUAGGCAUAGCAUAUACUUGUGCAUUUUUCUUCUGUUGGCUGGUAUAGGGGUGAAUGUUCUGUGAUCACAUUCGAACUUCUUAAUUGUGUUUUCGAAAUUUGACCAUGGGCAUGAUAUCGGUUGAUCUUUAUUGUAUGUUCUGGAAGACACUAAUAUUGCACCUGUUUGGACA